UUUGUUUCGGUUUGUCUAUUAUUGCCCUGUUAUUGGCCUCCAUAUUACUGUAGUAAUGUAUUUCUUCUAGAAAAGCAUGCUUUUUGGGUCUGUUUGCUGGUCUGCACUGUGCCUUUGUCCUUAGUGCCUUUUCUCUGCCUCGGCAGUCUUUAAGGCACAGAGAGAGAGAGAGAGCCAGGAAACAACCAGAGAGGGAGGGAGAGAAAGAGAGAGUGUGUGAGAAAGAGAGGUAAGGUGUGGAGGGAAAGAGGAGGGGGAGUGGCGGAAGCUGCAGGCAUCACUGAGCACAAUACAAAGAGAGUGAAACGAAAGGCAGCAGCAGUGUGACAAACAGCAUCCCUCCAGCACAGAUAAAGAGAUAAGAUUCGCAGGAUAGAGAGAGAAAGAGAUCAUCAAGACAGGGAGGGAGAAGGGAUUAUUUAUUUUUUUAUUGCUUUUACUCAGAGAGUUCCGGACGGGGCUUGCACAGAGAGAAAGAGAGGGAGGAGAGAGAGUGACACAGAGAAAGAGUCAGACAGAGAAAGAGAGUGUGAAUAUUUGUAAUCCUCUUGGCAUGCGAGUGUGUCCCUGGACGCUUGGCGCUGUGUGCGGUUGUAGCGAGUGUGCGGGGAAGAGUUGUCCUGGCGGCAUCAGGACAUUUUGGACUGGAAUGUGGUGCAGCUAAGCCAAGUGGCCAGGAAGGAAGGAACACCUCUCAGCAUGCUGGGGAAGGAUUACAUGCUCGCCAUCAUCAUAGUCAAUUAUGACGACAACAUCUGGAACGACCCGAGUCUUGAUCUGGACUCUGACCUGCCGUCAGGGUGGCGCACCAUCCGGGACAGCACUGGCACCUACUACUGGCACGUGCCUACAGGCACCACACAAUGGCAGCACCCAUCCUACAGCAAUGAGGAGGACCAGCGUGCCAUCAAUGGCAUUACUGCCACAGACCUCAAGAGCCUGGAGGCUGGUGGCAGACGUGGAUCAAGGACAAGGCUGACAGAGAGUCCAGUGGCCUCCAUAAAUGACAGAGUCUCCUGGCAGGACGAUUAUUUCUGCACCAACAGGGAUCCUGACUCCAAGUGUUUUGCCGUGCGCUCCCUGGGCUGGGUGGAGAUCCCAGAGGAGGAGCUGACCCCGGGGAAGAGCAGUUUGGCUGUCAAUAACUGCAUCCAGCAGCUGUCCAGCAGCAAGGCUGAGGGCCGCGAUGCACUAGGCGCCUGGGGAGAGGGCCAAGACAUGAUGAUGGUGUUGAAGAAGGACACCCUUAGCCUGAUGGACCCAGUGGACCACAGCCUUAUCCACUGCCAACCUAUCAUCAACAUCCGUGUGUGGGGCGUGGGAUGCAACAACGGCAGAGAUUUUGCCUUUGUGGCCAGUGACAAAGACACCUGUAUGCUGAAGUGCCAUGUGUUUCGUUGUAACGCCCCAGCAAAAACCAUCGCCACGGCUUUGCAUGAAAUGUGCUCAAAGAUCAUGGCAGAGAAGACCACUAGAAGCCCAUCUAUGGCCCGCUCCCUCACCAUGGAGAGCAUCUCCCCUGAGGACCUGCCACGCCAAGUGGACUUCCUGGAUGCAAUGAGGAAAAGGGUGCAGAAGUUUGAGGUGCAGUACAUUGGAAACCUGCCCGUCUCCAGGGCGAUGGGUAUGGAGGUGCUGAACCGGGCCAUAGAGAGCAUCAUGAACACCUCAGACAGUGAUGAGUGGGAACCUAUCGUCAUCCACAUCUCUGAUACUGUGCUGUCACUCUGGAAAGGAGAGGAUGGAGAUGAUCCCUUCUGGGAAUGUCAAGUGCGUUACCUGACCUUUCUGGGUGUGGGCCAUGACACACACACCUUUGCAGUGAUAGUGGACGGCGGGACGCAGCGGUUUGAGUGUCAUGUUUUCUGGUGUGAGCCAGACGCAGGGAUCAUCUCUGAGGCUGUGCAGGCUGCGUGCAUGGUCCAGUACCAGAAGUGCUUGGUGGCCCAGACUCCACCACCCAGGUCCAAAAUGUGGCAGGCGGGUUCCAAGGUGAAGCGCGCCAACUCCAUGGACGGCUUCACUUUCCCAGCUCCCCUUCACCAAGGACUCUCCCCACCCAUGAUUGGCUCCUCCACUGCUAAGAAGGGCAUGCUGGCGUUUUUUGAGACUUUCAGAAAUAAACAGUCAGCAGUUUCCACACCAUAACACCCAGAGAGGGAGGGAGGCGGGAGGGAGCAAGCGAGGGAGCGAGUGAGUGAGGGAAGGGGACUUGGGUAAAGGGAGGUAGGGCAAAUGAGUUUUAGGGGAAGGGUAGAAUUUGUAGUUAGAGGGAGGAAAAGACAGAUGUAUAACCAGCCAUUAGAAUGUGAAGAUUGAAGGCCAGCUGAGUUUCUAUUUUACCAGCCAGUGAUGACCAUUAUCUUAAACAAAACAAACUUGCAGCAUUUCUGCUUCUACUGUGUUUCUGUGGGUAUACAACAUAUCUCAACUAGGCUGGUUUGUGGUACAGUUUUAGAAAAGAACAUUGAGGUGCUGUACUCUCACAUUCCAUACCUUUCUUGUCAAGGAAGAGAUAGUUUAAGUCAUUAAGAUCUUGACUUGUACUUUUAUGGCAAAAUACCAUCAAAAACACAACAAUGACUCCCUGGUUCUAAGUGAAACAUACAGUAGCAAAAAAUAUGGUGCAGUAAUUGACUACUCUUUAAUAUAGUUUUCUGGGAUUGAACAUCAGCAAAAUGUAACAUUGACCUCAUUCUUGUACAAUCAAUGUAGCUAGGUAGGUUGUAUUAAAUACUUAUACUGUUCUUUCUAAUAAAUGUAAAAGGAUCUUUAUCUUCAGAUAUAUUCAUCACAGUGUGUCAAUUUAUAGUCUACAGUCCCUCUGACAGUUGACAACAAAUACAUUUCAAAUGUGAGAUUAGGCAUCAUUAAGAUGGGAUAGAAGAUAUCACACUAUAUGUUCCUCCAUUAUAAAAAUUAGACAUGGCAAAAUUGAGAAUCAGACCGAUGAACAUCCUAAGCCCCAGUUUGUCAACAGCAAAUUAAGUCCAACCAGAUCCGGGUUUAGGUACAACAAUUUUGAUGCAGCAUACUCAGACAGAAUCCCUUUAGCCAGGACUCAGGAGUGGCCCCAUUCCCACAGUGGCCUUCAGAUUAGAGUGAAGGAGAAGGUGUUUUAGUGCAUGUUCUGUUCUGAAAAAAGUUUGUAUUAGUACAUACAGCACAAAAAGCUUUGAAAGUGUUGGAAAACAAAAACAAUUCAGAUUUAGAAAGGUAUGGAGACAGUGCUAUUUCAAUCUAACAUUUUCCUUGAAGUCCCCCAAAGCUCUACAGAAGCACUGCAUGCUUUCGCACAUGCUUGGGAAUUAAAUGCUUUGCUCAGGUACUUUACAUGCUACUGGCAAUGAAAAAGAAAGACUCACUCUCACAAGUAAAACUGAAAACACAAGUCAAUGACUAAACUCUACAUGCAACCAGUCCCCACCACUGAAAGCUUGUGUUAUGUUGUUCCUAUUGGAGGACACCCUAUACAGCAUUUUCACUUGUGGAAACACCAAAACACACUGAGUUGAUAUCACUUUUGUGAUUCCCCAAAAAAUACAGAUUUAUUUAAACUGCAUGGAAUUCAAUAUGUAAGGGGUUAUCAACAGGGGGUUGAAAGGCACUUAGUUUAAUGCAUGCUGAUUUUCAAAAUCAUUUGCGACAGUAGGCCCACAGUAUGCUGUGAAACACUUGGGCACACAAAAUAAAUGGCACUUCAGAGAGGUCAUGCUAUAUAUUACUGAUAUGCAACAGCUCCUCUUCCCCCAUUCUAAAUAUGGAUUAUAUGAGAAAACAACUCAGGUCUCCUUAUUAGUGGAAGGAUCAUGUCAAAGUUGGAAGAAUGAAAAGGCAGAGCUUUGGUGUAAAAUAACAUGGAUGGAGAAGUGAAAUCCUUAUUAUCCAGGAGAACUUGGGAGAGGUAACAUCAUGAAAUGGUAAUGUAGCACCUUGAGAUUAUAUAUAUAUAUAUAUAUUUUGCUGUUUAUACUACUAGUAAAUACAUAUGUCUCAUAUAUUUGCAGUAUUUAGCACAAAAGAAAAUAGGAUGUCAUGUAAAUGCAAACAUUUUAAAAUUAUGAUUAUUUCGCGCAGUUGUACCUAACUAGGUCCACAUUGUGGUGGUCUGUGCUGGAAUAAUAAAUUGCUUGUAAAUCCUG